AGCUAUGGCGGCGCCCACUGAUCGAUUUUGCGUUAAAUUUCCAACAACAACAAUGAAUUUCCUCUGUUAUUAGACUGUGUGUGUGAGAAAGGCAGUGCAGACAUGACGAGGUUUGCGAGAGGAGGAACGGGGAAUAAGAAGAAGCCAGAAGAGGCGACGCCAUGGAGCCAGCUGAAGCCGCGGCAGUCUGGCAAAUCAGGGAAAAACAAGAACAGUCACCACAAAACUGUUCCAGUCGGAACAACUAGCUCUGCUUCGAAUUCUGGCGGCCGCGUUGAGAAACGGCAGAAAAACAAGAACUCUGGACACGAAGGCCUGGAUAAGGAGUUACAGGAAGUCUUGACCAAGGCGAAAAGGAGCGAAAAAAGGAGGUUAAAGAGAAUCAAGAAGAAAACUUUGUCGAAGGUGUGUUACCAGUGUCGUGAGCCCGGACACGGCAUGUCGGAGUGCCCAGCGAUGACGGCAGAUGUAGAGCAGGGAACAGGCAUCUGCUUCAGGUGUGGCUCCACCGAACACAAGUCUGCUAAAUGUACUGCCAGGAACAUUCCAGAACAAACAGGAAAAAGGGACCUCCCGUUUGCGAAGUGCUUCAUCUGUGGGGAGAGCGGUCACCUGUCCAAGUCCUGUCCGGACAAUCCUCGGGGCCUGUACCCAAACGGAGGCUGCUGUAAACAUUGUGGGUCUGUGGAGCAUCACCAGUGGCAGUGUCCCACCAACAAGUCUUUAGGAGGGUCAGAGGUCAUACAGGUCGGCACCAUGGACAGCCACUCCAGCGCUGACCUGGAGGUCAUCCCCAGGGCAAAGGUCAAGGGUCAACCCCCAACAAGAAAAGGACCCAAAAUUGUCAAGUUUUAGCCUUAUUUAAUGAAAGGUUGCCUGGCACUGAUGCAGCAUUUCGGAUGGACUCAGAAUAACAUCAAUGGGGAUUUAUUAUGUGUACAGAGAGUAGCCUCC